CUAUAUGAUACACAUGAACGAAAACCCUCUAGUGGUGAAAAACUGUCAAAAUGCAUUCACAUAAGAGGCGGCCUUCAAGGUCUAAGAAAUUAGCAUAUGAGCCUACCUAGGUUUAGAUUUCAACUCAAAAUACCAAGAGAACAAAGUAAAAAUAGUAAAAAAAAGUACAGGUAAAUUGGAAAUUUGUUUAAAAUGAUAUACCAAAUUUGAAUCAUGAAAGUUUAUUUUGGAUUUGACUGUCCCUUUAAUCUAAGGUAAGACUUGAAGAUUGUUAGAAAAUAGAGUAAAAAACGAUGGCACUACAAGUGUUGUUUCCUAAGUUAAUCAUGUGGAUUAGCAUAUGCAAUAUUCUUAUCUGCAAAAUGAUUUAUUGAAAAGGUGCUGUACACCAAAGAUAAUAGUAUACUUACUUCUAACCAGAUUCCCAUAAUGUAACUCUAGACCGUACUACAGUUAAAGGGCCAUUAUACACUCAUUUUUUCUUUGCAUAAAUGGUUUGUAGAUGAUCUAUUUAUAAAGCCCAUAAAGUUUGUUUUUUUUUAAAUGUAUAAUUUUGCUUAUUUUUAAAUAACAUUUCUCUGAUUUUCAGACUCCUAACCAAGCCCCAAAGUUUUAUUUGAAUACCGUCAGCUACCUUCUCCAGCUUGCUCCUGUUUGUGUAAAGGGUCUUUUCAUAUGCAAAAGAAGGGGGAAGGGGGAGUGUCUUAUUUCCCACUUGCAGUGGGCUUUCCAACUGCCUUUUCAACAGAGCUAAACUAAGAGCUUCUAAGGUGUGGAUUUUAUUUAAAUUAGCUGACGCGUUGCCUCUUCUGCAAGCUUCUCCUCCCAGACACCAGAUGGUGCUAGACUGCCCAAUAUGGAGUUUGAUGUGAGUGGGGGACUUGAAUCGCUGCCCAUAAGAGGAGCUGAAGGACAAAUUGUGAACUUUCAAUAUUUUCCAGAUCUGAUUACUGGACCAGGAGCUGAGUUAGACCCCAGUGAGGUAUCUAUUCUGGGAUGUAACUGUAGUGAGUCUUGUGUGCCAGGAGUCUGCACGUGUCUGCCUUAUGGUAAUAACUAUGUUAACCACAGAGUUGUCAACUCCAAGACCCCUAUCCUGGAAUGUAACAUCUUAUGCAACUGUGGGGAGACCUGCCAUAACCGUGAGACUCAACAAGGACUGCAAUUCAGGCUGCAGGUGUGUAGGACUUCUGGGAAGGGUCUGGGCCUCUGCACACUUGAAUAUAUACCUAGUGGUAGGUUUGUAUGUGAAUAUGCCGGAGAAGUGAUAGGUAAGGAAGAGGCCGGCAGAAGAAUCUGCGCCCAAGAACCCACCGACAACAACUAUAUUAUUGCUGUACGUGAGCACCUCCACGCAGGACAAACCUUGGAAACCUUUGUAGACCCUACGCACAAAGGAAACGUCGGAAGGUUUCUAAACCACUCAUGCCAACCUAACCUGUUCAUGCUGCCAGUACGCACCCACUCCAUGGUACCCAAACUGGCACUAUUUGCUGCCCGCGAUAUUCUGCCAGGAGAGGAGCUAUGUUAUGAUUAUUCUGGCAGAUACUUUAACUCUGUGCCUGACAGUGUGAGCACUUCUCAGGCCGUGGCACAAUAUGAGGCCAGCUCGGGCAAAAGAUGUCUAUGUGAAACCUCAUCCUGCACUGGAACACUACCAUAUGACUGCUCCUUGUACCAGUUAGAGCCUCAGUAACCUUGGCGUUUAAUGCCACCACGUUUUUUUUUUUUUUUUAAUACAGUUAUCCAAAAUGUACUAACCAACAUCUAGAUUGUGAUAUAAAUGAAGGAAGUUACUAAUUGGAUAAUAAAAUACACUACAAGUGAAAUUCUAGUAUAAAAAUAAAAUACUCUUGCUACCAAACUUUAUUUUUACAGGAAUUCCUUUAUUUUACUUUGUUUAAAGGAACAGUAAAAUAAAAAAUAAACUUUUCUGAUUCAGAUAGAGCAGCGAUUUUAAACAACUUUCCAAUUUACUUCUAUUAUCAACUUUGAUUGAGUGUGAACCUAGGUAGUCUCAGGAGCAGCAGUGCACGACUGGGAGCUAGCUGAAAACAUCUGGUGAGCCAAUGACAAGAGGCAUAUCUACAGCCCCCAAUUACCAGCUAGCUCCCAGUAAUGCAUUGCUGCUCCUAAGCCUACAUUGUAUGCUUUACAAUAAAGGAUUCCAAAAGAACAAAGUACAUUUUGAGAACAGAAGUAAACUGGGAAGUUCUAAAGCAAAAUGGGGGUGGUCCAACAGCGCACAUUUAAAGGGACACUGAACCCAAUUUUUUUCCUUUCAUGAUUCAGAUAGAGCAUGCAAUUUUAAGCACCUUUCUAAUUUACUCCUAUUAUCAAUUUUUCUUCGUUCUCUUAGUACCUUUAUUUGAAUGUAAGCUUACGAGCCGGCCCAUCUUUGGUAAAGCACCUGGGUAGCCCUUGCUAAUUGGUGGCUACAUUUAGCCACCAAUCAGCAAGUGCUAUCCAAGGUCUGAACCAAAAAUAGCCGGGCUCCUAAGCUUUACAUUCCUGUUUUUUCAAAUAAAGAUACCAAGAGAACGAAUAAAAGAACCCCUGAAGUAAAUUAGAAAAAAAAUGUUGGUUCAGUAUCCCUUUAACUACCUUUCUUAACCAUUUUGAAUUAAUUGAAUACAGAGUAAUAGAUGGGAAUCUGUUUAAAAAUACACUUAAAUGGAAACUGAUCAUUUUAUUUUUUUAUAGUAGAACUUCUCUUAAAAAACUUCAGCAGAAUUUUAAAAAAAUUAAGUAAAAAAAUAAAUGAAAUAGGUAUGGCUAAUUUAUUGUAGACAGCUGCUUUGACCAUGAAAUUGUGUAGGUCAAACUGAACGCUCUGGAUCCAACACACAUCUGUAUUAAACUUCUAAAUGAAAUUCA